UCCUCACCACCGAUCACCCUGCCCUCACCGAGUUUGUUCUCAGUCAUGGCACCUCUCAUGCUGCCGUACUCGCAGUGGAAGCCGUGGAGAGAGCGUAUAAGGCACUUUAGCUGGUCAUGGCACGCCGUGAUCAUGGGUACUGGAAUCACCUCUGCCAUCGUCCACCUCUUCCCAUAUAAUAACGACAGCCUCGCACUAAAAAUCGUCGCCCUCGUCAUCUUCUUCCUCAACCUUGUUCUGUUUGUUUUCGUCUGCACAUGUACUGUGUUGCGUUAUCUCUGGUUCCCAGAGGUCUGGUCUAUGAUGAUGUCGCACCCUGCACAAAGCCUGUUUAUAGGCUGCUUCCCCAUGGGUGCCGCGACACUCAUUAACUCAGGUCUAAAUAUUCACAACGACUGGCAUUCGGGCGGGACAGGCACGAAUAGCUUUCUAUGGGCUCUCUGGGGCUUCUGGUGGCUCGACUCGAUCUGCUCCUACGUGAUCGCCUUCGGCAUGAUUUACGCGAUGAUGGUUCGCCAGGACCACGCCAUCUCCAAAAUGACCGCCGUCUGGCUCUUGCCCGUCGUCACUCUCAUAGUCGCGUCCUCGACCGGCGGCCUCAUUGCGAACGUCAUCCGUGACGAGUCCCGCACACUCGCCCUCGUCACGACAGGCUUCUCCUUCGUCAUGGUCCUCAUCGGCCUCUCCUUCGCCCUCAUGAUCAUCUGCAUCUACCUCGUCCGCCUCAUCACUGCCGGCCCCCCGGACGCCGGCCUCAUCCUCUCCGCCUUCAUCGUCCUCGGGCCGCUCGGCCAGGGCGGCUUCUCGCUCCUGCAGAACGGCAUGGCCAUGUCCGAGCUGCUCCCGCUGCACAUCGGCGACACGUUCCCGAUGCUGCAGCUCGCGGGCCAGAUGAUCUUCGCGGGCUGCUUCCUCGGCGCGUACGCGCUCUGGAGCAUGGGCCUCGCCUGGAUCCUGCUCGCGCUCAUCUCGAUCGCGCACGUCGCACGCACGCAGGGCCGGCUCGCGUUCUCGAUGGCGUACUGGGGCCUCAUCUUCCCGAACGGGACGUUCGCCCUCCUCUCGCUGCAGCUCGCGCGCGUGCUCGACAGCCCGUUCUUCCGCGCCUUCGGUGCCGCCUGGGCCUGCGUCGUCUUCACGCUCUGGCUCACGGUCUUCGUCCGGAGCAUCCCGUCGUUCAUCGACGGGUCGAUGUUCAAGGCGCCCUACGUCAUCGACGGCCCUACCCCGAAGGAGAUCCCCCAGUUCGACAUCGAGCAGCAGCAACAGCCGGCACAGCGGUCGUCGAGUACACUCAGCUCCAGUUCCGAACAGGCGCAGCAAGUGGAAAAAAUGGCACAGGAGCGUCCGCUCUGAGGAGACCAGCUCUUUGUCUCGCUUUCCGUGGAGGGACUGCAUCAUAUUAGAUACCCUAUCACUCGACUUGCAUGAUUUCAUAACGACCUGCUACGGCUCGCAUUUGUAUAAUCAUAGACACUUAUUUAUUUGCGCUGAUACUUGUUUUAACACAUCUCAGGAUCAUCUUUUUACGACCAUCUUUUUCACGCUGUCAUACAAUACCAAGUUGGAUCCACCAUAUGAA